AGGCUGGUGGAUGGGAACACUCAAAGACACGCCCAUCCCAGGCAGCUACCACAUCCGGGACUUCCUUGAGGAGGCACGUCUGAACCCGGUGGGGAAGACGUAUGGCUUCAAGGCUCGGGGCAGGGAGAUUCAGCUGCUGUAUGUGCGUAAGGGAGACUUGCUGCUGCCUGGUGCCUACAGCUUCACAGACUCCACCCAGGAAGCGCUCCUUCGCAAGACCAGCUACUCCUUCAAGACCUGCCCUCGUCCCCUUAACUACACCCUGGGCAUUAGGGACAAGGAGAUAGACCUUUCACCUUGUCACUACAAUGUGAUAGACAAGCCAGUGCCCAAGACACCUUGCAAGCAUGGAAUAUUCCGUUCAGCAGUUCAGCGUGUCAGCUUUCUUCCUAGGGAAGGACCUGCUCCAGGACACUACAAUCCAAAGUCCAGCCCAACCAACAGUAUAACUUCCUGUUUUAGGUCCACCUUGCCCCGCCUACACAGUGUGCGCUCAAGGACCCCCGGACCAGGGACCUACGAGCCAUCCUGGCUGAUGGGCCAUCGUCUAGGAACAGAGGCCAACAUGGCCCGAGCCCACGGCCUCUUCUUCCGCAGCGUGUUCUAGCACUGCAUCUCCCAGAAACACCCUGUCCUACUCUGACUACCUAAUUCGCUCUCCCUCACUGACUGACAG